AUGGCGGGAACACCAACAACCCCUAUCGAUUUAUCAGGCCGCAUGCUUUCACUUCCCAAAUCGGUGGCGAAACUGGGCGCAGCAGCUUGGAACGACCAGGCCAGCUUGUCUCAAGUGAGACACAUCUUGGACCGCAGCUGCAACGCCCGCACGGUGCAGGAGGCUCUGACGGAGGUCCGAGGUUUUGCAAGCCUCGGGCACAAUCUCUGGUCUUACGCAUACCUUCGUAUGCUGCACCACAAGGAUCCCAACUUGUUCUACCAGACCCUGCUUGCCGAGCCAGCCUUCCUCAUGCCAAUGGUCUACACCCCCACAGUUGGCGAGGCCUGCCAAAAAUUCGGGACCCUUCCCUUUCUGCCUCGCGGCUGCUAUGUGUCCCUGUCUGACCGCGGAAAUGUCAAGGCAGUCCUUCGAGAGUAUGCAGAGGCACAUUUGCCCAAAGACUCGAGCGGCAAGCCGCAGUGUCAGUGCAUUGUCUUCUCGGACGGCGGUCGCAUUCUUGGCCUCGGUGAUUUGGGCGCCUGGGGGAUGGGAAUCCCAAUCGGCAAAUUGGAUCUAUACACCGUGUGCGGCGGUUUUGAUCCGUUCAGAGUAAUCCCCGUCAUUAUCGAUGCUGGCUGCAGUGAUGCAAGCGGAAACUCUGCAAAGCUCACAAUCCGAGACCACGCCCUCUACACCGGGCUGAAACAAGACCGUGUAAAGCAUGUCUCAGCCCAGGGAACAGAGGUGAACACUGCGUACUAUGGCCCCGACUCCUUCAUCGGGGAGUUUAUGACAGCUGCAUCCGAGCUCUUCGGGCGAAGCUGCCUCUUGCAGUUCGAGGACUUCAAUUCGAAUGAUGCCUUUCCUUUGCUCGAAGAGUACCGUUCCAAGUUCUUGACCUACAACGAUGACAUUCAGGGCACAGCUUCUGUGGCGAUAGCUGCAGUCUUGGGAGGGAUCAAGCUGAACCGGCCCCAGAGCACUGAUCUUUUGACCGACCUAAAAGGCCUGCGCUUAUUAUUCCAUGGCGCUGGUUCAGCCAAUCUCGGCAGCGCCAGCUUGAUGCUGAAGGAAGCCGGUGUGCCUGCGUCCUCGAUCCUGGUCACGAACUCCAAGGGUGUCAUUUGGAAAUCUCCGGAUGGCAAGAAGGGCACCUUCAAGAACGAUGAACAGAAAUCAGUUGCCAGCGUGGGUGAGCCGAAGGGUUACGACCCAACCAACCUGGUUUCCAUCAUCAAGCAUCACAAGCCAGACGUUCUUGUCGGUGCCGUCGGCCGCGCACCGGGAUGCUUUACAGAGGACAGCCCUUCUGUCUUUGCUCCAAGAGUUCAGGGUGGGGUGGGACGAGCCUCUUCUGUCUGGGGCCAGGAAGUGAUUAAAGAAAUGGUGGCAGUGCAAGCAGCGAAGGGCGGAGCAUUCCGGCCAAUCAUCUUCUCGCUCUCCAACCCAAGUACACAGGCCGAAGUGACGGCCGAAGACUGCUACAAAUUCUCGGGUGGCAGGGCGAUCUUCGGUUCUGGGACCAAGUUCGAGCCCGUGACGGUGCAGGGCAAGAUCCGUGCACCAGGUCAGGUCAACAACUUCUUCAUCUUCCCCGGUGUCUCCUUCGGCGCCAUGUGCUGCGAAGCGAGCCACAUCCCGGACCGGCUCUUCAUGGAGGCUGCCGAGGCCGUGGCCAACUCCCUGGACAAGGCAGACAUGGAGCUGGACUCCGUGCUGCCCAGCACCGGCCGGAUCCGUGAAGUGGGCCACAACGUCGCUUUGAGGGUCGUCUUGGCGGCACAGGAGGCUGGACUUGCCCAGAAGAAGCUGGGAGACACAGCGGAGGCUGUGAGUGCAGAGCUGGCUGCAAAGAGGUGGGAGCCCGUAGAUGCCCGGUUUCCCCAAAUUGUCAUAGAGGAAGACAGUGGUCCGUCUUGCUCUGCGUGCCGCAUGGCAUGA